UUUGAAAAAAACUUCGAAAAAUAAAAUAAGCUACUGGGAAUUGAUUUUUAAUGGUUUUAACCCUUCUGAAAUUGUGAUAAUGUUCCCCUUUAAAGUUGACUAGUUUUCACUUAUUUCUUCUUUUGUUUCAAGCUAUCUUAGCUAGCAUGUCUGCUCCUGGUUGCUCUCGGGUGUAAAAUUUUUAUCACCAUCCUAAUACUGGAUAAUGAUACUUAAGAUACUAAGAAAUGCAGUUUAUUUGCAGUAAUGUAGGGGAUUAUUAUUAACUUAAAGGAGUGUCUUCACACUGUGUAUGGACAUACGCAAUUAGCUGCUAGCUAGGGAACUAAAAUAAAAGCAUCGGCGUUUGUGAUCAACAUUAGAAGGCAUUGAUUGGCAAUGGUGAUGACCGAGGCCGGGCCGAUAAAACGGUAUCAUCAAUAUAUGAUAGACACAUAAUCGAUAUCAAUAUAAAAUACACUCGAUAAAAUAUUCGAUAUGCAUUUAUAUUUUUUCGGUCGGAAGAAACCAGAAAUUAUGAAGCAUGAUUUGUUUCAUGAAGUCGCUCACGCAUUGGGAACCCAGCAAACAGGAAACAGAAGGUGUCACUGAGCAUUGGGAGGCACACGCUAACAGCCAAUCACGUAACUGUAUAAACAAACAAGUGUGGUUGCGCCUUCUUUCUGUCUCGCUGUGGAUUUUUUGCAUAGAGUGAGAAGAGAAACUGUAGUAUCUUAAAUUAUGAACUCAAUAACAGAAACUUGUCUUUCUUGUGGAAUAUCGAUAGCUUGUUGGUUUUAAUGCAGACAGUGCGGUAACAUUCUGAUACUUCCAACGUGUCGGUUUAGUGAGUAGCUUCCCAAACUACUCGUGUGUAGUGUUCAAUAGCUUUUUGGAGGACUACCAUCGAGUGUCUCAAAUCUGCAACUACCUUCAAAUCUACUUUAAUUAUUUUGUUACCUUAGCCACGCUCAUCCUCCCUGGCUUACAGACACUUUCUCCACUGAUAAAUAGCACCCUUGGAUGACUGGGACUCUGGUGAUUCGUCAAACCGAAACAAAGCUCUCAACUCUGACGACAAAACUCUGGAUACACUUCCACCUGGUAAGGUCCGCUGGCAGGACUUUGACCAGGAUCUGUAUGUUGGAGCCACGGUUGUUCGGCCGGGUCAGGACCCGUAUGCCAGAAACAAGUUCAACCAAGUGGAGAGCGAUAAACUCCGUAUGGACAGAGCGGUGCCGGAUACCAGACAUGACCAUUGCAGACACAAGCAAUGGAAGUCAGACCUGCCAGCUUCGAGCGUGGUCAUCACCUUCCACAAUGAAGCCCGCUCCGCCCUGCUGCGCACCGUUGUCAGCGUCUUGAAGAAAAGUCCAACCCACUUGGUCAAAGAGAUCAUCUUGGUUGAUGACUACAGUGACAAUGCUGAGGAUGGAGCGCUGCUUGGCAAGAUCGAGAAAGUCAGAGUGUUGAGAAACGACCGCAGAGAAGGACUGAUGCGUUCGAGGGUUCGUGGUGCAGGUGCUGCCACUGCUCCAGUCCUCACCUUCCUGGACUCCCACUGUGAAUGUAAUGACCACUGGCUUGAGCCGCUUCUCGAGAGAGUAGCUGAGGAUAAGACCAGAGUGGUUUCUCCUAUAAUCGAUGUCAUCAACAUGGACAACUUCCAGUACGUGGGAGCUUCGGCUGAUCUGAAAGGAGGUUUCGACUGGAAUCUGGUAUUUAAAUGGGAUUACAUGACACUGGACCAGAGACGAGCAAGACAAGGCAACCCUAUCGCCCCCAUAAAGACUCCCAUGAUAGCUGGAGGUCUGUUUGUCAUGGAUAAGGAUUACUUUGAGCAUUUAGGGAAAUAUGACAUGAUGAUGGAUGUCUGGGGAGGAGAAAAUUUGGAGAUCUCAUUUCGCGUGUGGCAGUGCGGCGGAAGUCUGGAAAUCAUCCCGUGCAGCCGAGUCGGACACGUGUUCAGAAAGCAACACCCGUACACCUUCCCUGGUGGCAGCGGCACGGUCUUUGCAAGGAACACCAGAAGAGCCGCCGAGGUGUGGAUGGACGAGUAUAAAAACUUCUACUACGCUGCGGUACCCUCUGCAAGAAAUGUGCCCUACGGGAACAUCCAGAGUCGUUUGGAUAUGAAGAAGCGUUUAGCCUGUCAGCCCUUUAAAUGGUACCUGGAGAAUGUCUACCCUGAGCUGCGGGUCCCUGAUCACCAAGACAUUGCAUUUGGAGCAUUACAACAGGGAGGAAACUGCCUGGACACCUUGGGACAUUUUGCUGACGGAGUGGUGGGCGUUUACGAAUGCCACAACGCCGGAGGAAAUCAGGAAUGGGCCCUGACUAAGGAUAAGUCAGUCAAACACAUGGACUUGUGCUUGACUGUGGUGGAGAGAACAGGCGGCUCCCUCAUCAAGCUGCAGGGCUGUCGAGAGAACGACAGCAGACAGAAAUGGGAGCAGAUUGAGUCCAACUCGAAGCUUCGUCACGUGGGCAGCAACCUGUGUCUGGACAGCCGCAGUGCCCGAAUGGGUGGUCUCACUGUGGAGGUGUGCAGCCCCAACCUGAGCCAGCAGUGGAAGUUUACCCUGAAUUUACAAUCAUAGGGGUGGGGGCAACAUGACCCACGCCAUCCCAGGAGCUGGACACACCAACAGACUCUGAAGACGACCGGGGGAUGAACUAGUCCGUCUUGGUCCUCCUCAGGGUGUCGGAGGUCAUUUUUUUACACGCCCGUCCCUGCCUUCCAACACAAAAACAGACAAGCGGAGGGAGGCCCCCUGAACAGGAAGUGACUGUUGGGUCGUUAAUGAUGAAGAUACAGGCUCUCCAUCCAAAUGACUACAUACCUCAGUGUUUUGUCAUUGGCGCUUUCACGAGGGUAAUCAUGUGUGAACUCUUCCAGGCUUUUUCUUUUCUUCAAUGCUGGUGAAAAUGGACUCCAGUGAUUUUAUUUUGUAAUUCUAUUUCUUAUGUUUUUUUCUUUCCUCCAGACUUUCCUCAAACAGAGCCAGAGUUAACCAACUUUGUUUUUGUUUUUCGGGGGGGGGGGGGGGUUUCAAAGGACCAUCAGAGACGAAGAGAUUUCCACAGCAGGCAGUGGAGGAUUUUACUGAACAUUUUCAAGAGUUGUGGUCUGCCCUCAGGCUGUAGCACUGGCUGCUGCACUUUACCAUCCUCAUUUUCUUCUUUAAAGCGACAACAAGGAUCUCUUAACAGCCACUUUUUGUUUACUUCUCUCACAAAGCAAAUUGAAAGAAAAAAAGAAAAAAGAAACACCCUCCAAAGGACAGUCGAGGACUGAUGUGAUGUCUUUUCUUUACUAUCGCUGCUCUUCGGCUCCCUCGGGGAAGCGUUUUAUACGACUUCUGUUUGUUUUGUGAUUUUAUUUUGCUCACCACAUCAAACUGAAUUUGUGUAAGUUACUGUCUCUUUCUCUGGUUCUCUGAGGGUAACAGGAAUAAAUAACCUAAUCUCAUAUUAGUGUUUCUCUACCCUGACCUUAACAAAGCACCGCUGUAUGAGGCUGACUUAACCACGCUUACCAGGACGUAGCCUCGCAGGGAUUUAUUGUGGCCUCAGUUUUUUGGGGAUCUGGUUGACAUGUUGUGUGUUACUAAGAGUACUUGUCAAUAUGUUGCAAUGUUAUUCAACAGUGUCAUCAUCACACUACUGUGCAAAGGUCUUGGGCCACCAACAGCUUUUUUUUUUGUUUUAAUGGACUACAGGACACAAUUAGCAGGAUUACACAUCAUGGACCAAGUAAGAAGCCAUUACAUUUUGGUAAGAAUCUAAAUAAAGGUGCUAACACCAGACUUAAAUAUGGCAUCACGGUGGAAGAGGGGUUAGUGCGUCUGCCUCACAAUACGAAGGUCCUGAGUAGUCCUGGGUUCAAUCCCGGGCUCGGGAUCUUUCUGUAUGGAGUUUGCAUGUUCUCCCCGUGACUGCGUGGGUUCCCUCCGGGUACUCCGGCUUCCUCCCACCUCCAAAGACAUGCACCUGGGGAUAGGUUGAUUGGCAACACUAAAUUGGCCCUAGUGUGUGAAUGUGAGUGUGAAUGUUGUCUGUCUAUCUGUGUUGGCCCUGCGAAGAGGUGGCGACUUGUCCAGGGUGUACCCCGCCUUCCGCCCGAUUGUAGCUGAGAUUGGCUCCAGCGCCCCCCACGACCCCAAAAAGGGAUAAACGGUAGAAAAUGGAUGGAUGGAUGAACAGAAUCUUAGCGAGUUUCUUGUGUUGUCAUCCUCCAUGAACCAGGAAGCAACAUGCUAACUAUCAGACAAGACAAAUACAUUCCAUACAUUCUUUUUUUUUUUUUUUUUUUUUUACAAUUGUGAUACUUAUUCUAUCUUGUCAGUAGGAAUGUAACGAUUAACUAUUUUUACUAUUAACCCAAAUUAAAAGCGUCACAAUUAUUUAAUCGCAAAAGCCCCAUUCCACUGUGUUUCAGUCCUCCUAACUCGCUGUAAACACACUUUAUGCUGGUACGAUAGUUCCGGAACCACCUGCACGGAACAAAAACAGUUACAUACCAUCGCGAGACACGCUUGUAUGCUGAGUUGAAUAUAAAGCUGUCACUGACAAGCAAUAGCUUGCAAGGUGAAUAAACUCUAACACAGACGGGAAUAAGUCAUGUCUAAACAAGACUAUAGGCAUUAAUAUUUAGAAAGUGUAAAACACUACCAGAACAUCAGGAGCUUGUAUAAUAGCGCUAUACCAUGGUAUCUAAUUGUGUGCAUUCCAGGUAUUAUUAACACUUAAAGUAAAUUAUUAAAAAUGAAUAAAUCGGCAUGGACGACAGUUGAUGACAAUAACACUUGAGACAUGAGUAACAUUCUCCCCGGGGGGAUCAAUGAAGUUAACCAUAGUCCUAUAUUAAUAAUACAAUUAUUACUCAAUUAUGUAUUAUUUUGUACUAUUAUUGUAAUAUUAUUUGAUUAUUGUUAUUUCCAACAGUAAUAAACAAUGCAAUAAAAUCUGUAGGGAACUUGAUUUGCUAAAAUGUUAUGUUGUGACAUUAAUCCAUGCAUAAUAAUCGUGAAAUUGAGAUUAUUACUCAGACAAUAAUUGUACAGUCAAAAUCUAUAAUGAUUGUAAGAGACAUUGUAAGUAUAUGCGGCCAUGAAAGUUUUGAUCAAACAACAUUUUCUAACAGUGGCUUAAGACUUUUGCACUGCACUGUUUGUACACCGUAUUGUAAAUCAGGAUUAUGCCCAAUGGGAUGCAUUGUGGUGUUCUGCAAUCAUGUUUUUAAUUCAUUUCUGCUCAUUUAGAUUUCCAGUUGAGUAAUCCCCCGUCCAGUUUCUGUGACUGUUGAAGCAAAUAUAAGAUUGUUUUGUAUUAAGUGAUGAUUUCCACUUCAAUCAGAGGAGCAAACCUUUAAAUAUUUAGAUCUUUUAUUAUCGGUGUUGACUUUUACUUUCACUUUUACUAACCAUUAUGUCAGGCUGAAGGUGUUUGGGGGCCCCUCAGAGAUUGUACGAUUAUGUAAUAAGGCUGAACAUCAUUUGCCUUUAAACAUAACUGAAGUUCAUUUAGCAGAGUUUACAAAUAUGUUUUCUUUAUUUCUUCCAAGCUGCCGUGCCUCCCCUGAAUCAAUUUUUGUUGAGAAAACCACAUUUAUUUUCAUUUUAGAGAGAAACUGCAACCGCUUUCUCACACUUUUAAGUUAAGAAUGAGACCCGGACAACUGGUCCUAUUGUUCAUGUUCUUUUCUGAUGUUUUUUUUUUUUUUUUUCAGUCUUUUUUUGGGGGUCUCUUUGCCUUUGUCUUAAACUUGUUGCUGACACUGCAGCUUGCAUGCAUGCAGAGCCUAUCCUGACACUUGAGGCUGCACCCGUAGGUGCCAGGCAGGCACAGAGUGGGGACUAGUGUUGCCAUAGUGACCAAAAGGCCCAAAUAUUGAUUGAUUUAGGUGGUUACAAUAUCAAAUGCUUUCAAAUGAAGUUUGUAAAAUGCAAUAGAAAUUUCAACCUGGAUGAUUUCCAUCACAUAUAUUGUACAUGUUUUGUUUUGUUUUAAGUUUUACAUUUUGUAUUUUGGCUUGCAAAAAAGGUGUACUCCCAUAUUAUUAGAAGAAAGUUAAUUAUUGGGUUGUCAUGGUGGUAGAAUGAUAUUUUCUGAAUUUUGCAUCCUUCUCCAGAGUCAUUUUCAUUUUCAUUACAGCUAAUUUUACAACCUAGUUUGUCCUAAUAUGCACAUGUUUGGAUUCUUAUUCCUGUGGGAUAUUUACAAAGUUAAGGACUUUCUUUGGGGUACAGCGCCAUCUCCUGGCGUAGAGUAGCAACUGGAGGAGCAGUAAAAGAAAGUACAACCUGUGAAGAACUAGAAGCAGUGUUAUAAAUAGCUUGUAUUAACUCUUGCUGCACAUACCCGAGUUACCAUGGCAACAGAGACUGCUAUUCUUUUUCAAAGGGUGAAAUAUUGACUAUCACAGUGUGGAUGAGAUGACAUGAAAUGUUUACAUCUUUAGCACCAUGUGCCAAAGUGUCUAAUAAAUGGCAAAGGUUGUAAGCAGGGUUUUAAACCUCUCAGCUGGGUGGUUUAACGUCGUUUAGCUGAGUUGUGUUGUCACGAUGAAGGAAGUUCAAAGGUCAGCUUUAUGUCAGUCGUGCGCAUAACUCGCCUCCCACUUUAAAAUCUCCUCAACCAAUCGUCACAUUUACAAUUAGUGAAAAUAAGACUAGGAGAAAGGUCACAUUGAGUCUUAGUAAGAUGGAAACAACUGUAAAAGUGUAUAUUUUUGUACAUACCUACAUCCCAAUGAUGACGCACUAUCAGUGUACUCAGCCGUUCCUAGUUUUGUUGUCACACUGUACAGCGCUUCUAACUGUUCCCUCUUUUAUAGACACUGCAGACUUUGAAUGAGGAGAAAUGAUUAACUUAAAUAAAUGCUUUGUAUACAUACACUGA